GGCCCGCCCAUUAAUCAGUAAAAUGACCGCGAGCGCAGUUUUACUGAGUGGGUUAAAGCAGGGCAGGCUGGAACCUCGUUAGGACGAACAUAAUCGAGCGCGCGAGACGCAAACGUGGCGGCACGCGCGGCUUAGGUGGUUAGGGAUGGCAGCAGCAAAUGAGAAAUCGGUGCAGCAGCAUUUGUACUUCUCGAGCUGUGGCGAGGAGGACAGCAGUGACAGCAGUGUGGAGGACUGGGUGCCCGUAAGUGUGUCGCUAAGAAGUCCAUCCUCUUCCUGCCGAACCCCAAGAGUGCAGCGCCACCGCACAAGGAGUAACACCGUCUCACCAGCUGCGCCCUCCUCAUCAAUCCCUUAUGCUGCCUGGAGGAAGUUGAGGCUCUGUGAUUCCCCCAGUACACCGAAGAGCCUGCUAUCCAAGUCAGCGCUGCCUUACUCGAGCAGCAAGCCAUGUCGCACCCAGAGAGUCCUGUGCCGGCCUGCUCUGUCUGCCCAAGCACCCUCAGUCAACGUUAACCCUUUCACACCAGAUACAGUGCGGAGAAACAGCGAGCACUAUAAGAGGAAGAAUUAUAGAAGUGAUGGUGACGAUGAUGAUGGGCACAGGUCAAAGGAAACUCAAACGUCAUCUGAAGAUGAAUGCUAUUUUCUUCCAUCAAAGAGACCAGCAGUACCAGCCCUCAUGCUGUCACGUUAUGAGAGUGAAUUCCUGGAACUGGGCCGGAUCGGUGUGGGAGAGUUUGGUGCUGUGUAUCACUGCGUGAAGAGGCUGGAUGGCUGCAUGUACGCCAUCAAACGUUUGCGCAGGCCACUUGCAGGUUCUGCCAAUGAACAGCUGGCCUUAAAAGAGGUAUAUGCACAUGCUGUGCUGGGACAUCACCCACACGUUGUGCGCUACUACUCGGCUUGGGCAGAAGAUGACCAUAUGAUCAUUCAAAAUGAGUAUUGUGAUGGUGGAAGCCUCCAUGAUGUCAUAAUGGAGAAAGAAGAACUGGGUGAGAUCUUUCAGGAGCCAGAGCUGAGGGAUCUACUGCUUCAGGUCUCACUGGGACUCAAGUACAUCCACAUGUUAGGCCUGGUCCAUCUAGACAUCAAACCCAGUAAUAUAUUCAUCAGCCAUCAGCCUGGCUCCAGUGCUGGUGGAACAGGAGACAGCGACGAGGAAGAUGAUGGGCACACUUCAUCAGGGGUAGUUUAUAAAAUUGGGGAUCUUGGUCACGUGACCUCCAUCUCAAGUCCUCAGGUGGAGGAAGGGGACAGCCGCUUCCUAGCAUGUGAAGUUUUGCGAGAGGAUUAUGCACAUCUACCUAAGGCGGAUAUCUUUGCCCUGAGCCUGACAGUGCUGUUAGCAGCCGGCGCUCCACCGCUGCCUCAGAAUGGAGAUGAGUGGCACCGCCUCAGGCAGGCUCACUUGCCUCGCCUGCCCCACGAAUUAACGCCAGCCUUAAGAAAUCUUCUACAGAUGAUGUUGGACCCUGAUCCUGCUGUGAGGCCGACUGCAUCUGCAUUGUGCAGGCACCCUGUGCUGCGCAGGGAAACAACUGGAAAACUGGCUGCACAGCUGCGCAGAGAGCUCAAUGUGGAGAAGUUCAGGACAGCAAUGCUUGAAAGAGAACUCCAGGAGGCUCGGUUAGCUGCUGUCUCACCUCAGCAACCUGCUCUCACCACAGGGCAUACAACCUCACAGGCUGGCUCGCUUCCUAGACCAGGACGGAGGCUGGUGGGGCGAAACACUGCUCGAUCCAUGAGCUUUGGAUGCCUGGGACACUGAACUUUUUAAUUGUCUGGAGAUGCUUUGUUUUGUUUUAUCCAACCCCCCCCCUCCAGAUUAUUACUUAGUGGAAGUCAGUCUUUUUAUUGACUUGGAUUUUAUCCUUGUAAAUAAAGUUUUUAA